GUUCCUCAUUCCGGAUUCGUAAGCUUCGCCUUUCGAUUUCCAAUGGAGCUGGGAUCUGACCAGGAUGCUACCACCCUCAUCUCGAGGAUUAACCAGACGCGGAAGCUGAAAGUCGGACUAGUGGACUUCGUCAAGGUAGCACAGCUCUUUAACAGCUUGGCUGACGUUGAGGCACGGCUGCUUUUCCUGGAAGCCAUGGCUGCAGACCUCAACCUCAAGCUGAGCCAUGUCAGGUAUCUCUCCGAGUUAGAUCCUGUGCUGCGUGGGGAGGUUGUGGACAGGCUGCUGCCAGCUGUCCCCGAGAUCAACACACUAGGUGGCUUUGACCUCGCAGUCAACUCUGUGCAUCAGAAGGCGUCGCUUUGCAGAGAUCGGGCCGCCAUCGUCAACCUGCUACUCUUCAACCCAGCAUGUGCCGACGGGCGCUAUGAAUUCGAUGUGACGGAGCCUGCACAUCGGAAGAUGCUGGACGAUCUCAUCAUCGUGAACCAUUGGGAGCGCGAUCGAGCAAAGAGGCUGGGGAGGCCAGAUCUGAGCAAGCAUGGAGAUCACGAAUGCAUCAGGAAUUGCUCCGUAAACGGAAUUUACCGCGUUUGGAGGAGCGCCGAUGUGCAGCUUCCACCCAGAGCAGAGAUCAGUUUCGACUACUGCUCCCCAUUCCAUCCGGAGCAAGGAACGCCGAACACACCGGACCGGACCAUUCGUUUGCUGAGACAGGCCCUAGCAACGAUGGACUUCAACCAGAGUCUCAAGGUGAAAGUUCUCCGAUCUAUCGCGCAUAGAUUGGUGCUCACACCACAGCAGUGCGGCUGGCUGUUGGAAGCACUACCAGCUACGGCUCUGGAACUGGACACAGAAAUCCGUGACUCGCCGCGUGUGGAGGCCUUUGUUGUCCUGUACUCUCGGUGCAACAACAUUGCCGAGCUUCUUUCUGAUGAGGAGUCCGGCCUCUACAGCCUGGUACACCUGACACGGGAAGAGGUGCUGACCGUGCGGAAGCGUUUGGGGCGUACACGCACCUGGGAUAUCACUCGAGCUGGGCAGGAGUUCAUCAUCCCACCGCCUGAAGCCGAGUCGGACAUCAACCCAGCCAACGGAAGGAUGGUUCUGAUGACGCGCCGGGCCUCCAACGCAGGGGGAAUUGCAGGAGCAGCUGCAGGUGAGAAGGGCACGAAGCCAAAGAGCCGUACGGAGCGAAUGGCGGAGGCAUCCAUCGACUUUGAGCGGAUGAAGCCUAUCCUACAGGACUACAACAUGCUCGACAAUCCGGUUUCCCUGGGUCAUGCAAAUCGCUACAUGAUGGACCUGGCGCUGCAUGAAGACUGGCACUGCGCGCAAUGCCUGCUCCGAGUAUGCAAGGAAGAGGCUGGCGAAAACAUCGAUGCCCCUUACUGGAGCGAGAAGGCACACCUGGCAGACAAGGGAAGCAAGUGGCUGGUUCCAGACGAAUGGUACAAAGAGAUGCCGAAGGUGGGAAUCUUUGGGAUGACUUUUCUCCAGGGCUUCAACGACCCAGACAUAGACCUACGAUUGAGGCUUGCGAAGGAAUGGCUGGGCUGGUAG